CAGCCAGGGAGGAAGCCCUUCCGUUGCGUUACUGGUGAACGGCUUGUUGGCCAGCCGUUUAAAGGCAUCAGCAGUGCACGACGUAACCGCACGCUGACGUUUCAGAAGUUACGCGAGCCUCGGAAACCUAGCAGCGCUCAUAUCCAAUUUUAGCGGAGCAGGCUCAAAGACGCAAACCCAGCCGUCACCGCUUUGCAGCAGCCAUGAUCGCCGUGCCCCCUUUCGUCGUCGCCGCGGUGGGCGGCGGCGUCGCUGGCGUCGCGUGGUGGGUCAUCUUUGCGUGGUGGAAGUACGUCCUCGCCGUCGUGCUCCUCAUCCUCGCGGGGCUCAUCAUACAAUUACCGAGCGUGUGUCGCGGCACCUGCUUUAACAGUAUGCCGGCCCGGACCGCUGCGAUAGUCGCCGUCGCGUUGCUGGGCGACGACACCGCCGAGCGCCUCGCGAUGAUCGUCAGCAUAACCAAUGCUCACUUUGAUCCGGCCGUCCGCAACGACCGCGGCAAGUGGGGUAUUUUGACGCCGCAGCGGCGGAAUUCGUGCGGCAGCCUCGCGCUGCAAGCGUUCCACUUAUUCGUCAUGGGCAUCUUCAUCAAAUACUUGGACAGCCCUGAAACGGUAACACACGUAGCUAUUGCGUACGCGAAAAUGUUGGUGCAUUUUGGCUUCUACCAAGUGGCUCGAAAUGUGAACGACGGCUUCAAGAGCGGGGAACGCAUCGAGAAGAUUAACAUAUUACUAGCCUGCAUGAAAAUAGAACGGAAGUACUUCUAUACGCCGACGGCCCUGGUUUUGGUCUGCGCGCACUUAGUUUUGGGCGACAAACUGACCAUGUUUUUGAUUUUACGUAUCAUCAAGGUCAGUUGCUUUACCACACAUUACUGAUGGACCUCCACUUAUUUAGGCGUGGUGCUACUGGGGUGGGGCUGGUAAUAUUGCCCCGUCACGCUCUCCAGAUCUCUUGAAGGUGUUACUGUACAUCGCCGAGGACAUCGAUCCUCUCGUGAAAGAGUUCUUCGUAGCGUGGCCGGCGGGCCAGUUGGUCGAGACGGCGGAUCAACGCCGCGUCUCGGCGGCGUACUACCUCGCCCAAGCCAUCAGGAUGAAGUGCGAGCACUACGACGGCCUCGUCGCGAUCGCCUGGAACGACGCCGAGCAGCAGAAGGUGAUGAAAGACGUCCCGAUCAGUGUGUAAUUCGACAGACGUGCGGUCUUCUAUCUGACGCAUGCGUUACUGAUCGGUCAAGCGACCCGACGCUCGAGGCGCUUCUAGGAGAGACGCCGGAUCACGCCAUCGACGCGACGCGACGCCAUCGACGCGACGCCAACGACAUGACGAAGCCAUCGAGGCGACGACGAUCAAUGCGACGCGACGCCAACGAGACGACGACGCGACAACGCCAUCGACGCGACGACGCCACCGACGCUCCGUUCGCGCAGGUCAUGGAUGAUAUGCACGAGCAGCAAUCGUCGAAACCGGCCUUCCUGGACGCCGCGCGGGCCAUGAAGUCGUUUAGAUUGAUAGCGGUCGGCGGGGCCGUGAACCAGGACCCGGGCCACCCGCAGUUGCCGCCCAUCGUGCUCUCGGCCAAGUGUUCAAGCCAGGACCUUUCAUGGUCCAGAAACUUAACAAGUGCUGAAAGCAUUGCCACCAUGCUCGUGGGGCCAAUUGCUGCAUUGGUCUGCGCCAUGCUCGCCGAUAACGAGGACGACGACGUGGAGACGUUUCCCAAUAACGAAACGCUCGCGACGCUCACUAGUAUGACCUACACGGCCCUCGACCCGAGACAGUCUAUCUUUGCGGGCCGCGUCGUCACGCUCGUCGCCAUCCCGCUCGGGCCGAACGGCAAAUUAUUGUUGGAAGAUGCGUUGCGCUGGGAGCGGGAGGGCGAGCACUCGAUCGAGAACGUGGCCUCGAACGAGAUCUUGUCUCGCACGGCGCAGUCCGUCUCUGAGAUAGGCUCGGUUCUGGCGCUGCGCGCUCGAGUUGAGGAGCAAUCGCAAGCUGUGCUAAAUGAGCUCGCGGCGGCUCACACGCUGAUGAUGGACCGCGAGAACCGCAUCGCCGAGGCGCUCGAAAAAGCUAGGGCGAACGGAAAUGAGCCUCGGGCGGUGGUCGUGCUGUAUCAGCAGACGCACGGCCUCGGAGAUCUCGAGCCUUCCGAGGCCGCGCUGCGUUCUUUCGAGAGCGACGACGCGGUCUACAAUAUGAGAUUAGGGUUAGCGAAGGUAGGCGUGUCGUCCAUAGAAGCCCGGACCUACAAUAGUAAGAUGAAUAUCUCGGAUCGCCUGGCGGACGCGUUACCAAUUCAAGAACGAUCGAUGGCGCCCGAUGCUGUGAUCGUGGUGCCGCGCGGCCAUGUAUUCGAGUCUGAUACGGCAAGGAUAAGAAUGUUGAACGAAUAUAUGAAAGAUGCGGCCUACAACGCGCGCUGGCUGACGACCGACGCCCUCCCUACUUUAUUUGCGAACCCCUCCCUUUUCGACAACAUAGACAAUUCUAGCUUAGAUCUGUACCGGCCCUACAAGUUGACCACUGCUGAAGAGAAGAGCGCUUGGAAGGCGGCAAGCGUUGGAGGCGUUCCACCUGCCUUCAAGUUCGAUAAAAAUGGUAGCUUUAGAACGACCGCGGACGUCCCGAAGCGGACGUCCUCGCGGCGCCAGGGCGGUGCUCCAGCUCCCGAGUUUAUCGGUGGGAUACAGAAGACUCGAAAAACCGCGACGACGAAGAAACCGCCGCGAGACUUAGAAGCUGAACUGAAACCGGAGGGGACGUGGAACCUCCCGGCGCUGCAGAAGAUUCGCGGGGAGUUCCAGGACGAGGUCGACCGCUCCAUUGCAGCUACAAACAGUGGCACCGAGUACCAAAUCAAGUGGGGCGGGGAAAAUAAGCAAGUGAAGUGCGCCUUCCAGGCGUUGUUCAAGUGCACCCGCGGCAAAACGGGAGGUAGAACAAACACUAGAAAUGUGGACAUCAUGACGCACUUCAUUAGUGUACUAGACGGAGUCAUUUCGUCCGAAGAGCUCUAGAGUUUGGCAGACCGCGCCGGGUGCCUUCGGCAUGCCUGGUCCCAAGCGCGCGCAAAUUCAUUAUAUCACGUCGCUUCAUAUAGCACUCCCCUCUCCCCCGUAAUAACGUAUUUCGACUUUA